AGUUCAAAAUACAAGAGUGUGUUUACAGUGUGAGGCGGCGGACGCGCGUGAUUCCAAAUAUUCUACUUUUCCGUUAUGGACGACAGGUACAAGAAGCGAGGACUGAAGUUCACCAGCAAUCAGGACGCCCGUGUUCUGAGAGCUGUUCACAACCAAGAGCGGCAGCGUGGCCGCCGAGAUGACGUGGUUAACUUGAGGCGCCAGAUGGGGACUUUGGAGGACUCCCCACAUGUGUCAUGUCCUCCCAAGGCUCUAGUGAACAAGGCUGAGAAAGAGGCUGAGCUAAAGAAGAAGGGAUUGGAGCGCUAUCAGCAAAUGCUAAAAUGGAAGGAAAUGAGAAAAAAGCAGUUGGCAAAGGAGAAAAAGAAACGGAUGCCGGCGUUUAAAACAGGAGUAUACCAGCCAAGCCCACCAAAAUAUCUUAUUUCUGGAGAGCAAAAAGAAUCGGGAAAGACACCCAAGACUUCCCUGAAAAACAGGAUAGCUACUCCUGGUGCCUCACUCCGCAAAGUGCCAGUCUUCCAUCUGGGAGGAACUCCUGCUACUUCCCUGCUUAGGAUGCCACAAUUUCAUACUGGAUUAACACCCAGUGUCUCAACUAAGAAAACAGUUCUAACCAGCAAGAAAGAAAAUAAGCAGGAAGAUCACGCCAUUGCUUGGAAUACACGGGGUGCUAGGAAAAAUGAGAACACAAAGCCUGGGAAAAAGAUUGGUGUUAUAGGCCGUGCCAUUCGCCAGAGAAAGCCUAAUGAGCAUGAAGAUCUUGGGGUGCAGCCUCUCCCUCUCACACCCCCUGUUGCUGCAUCUCAGAGGAAGAUGGAGCCAGCCUUGCAGGGCUUGGCAUACCCAUCAUUUGCUCCUGCUGACUUUGCCUUCAACUUUGAGGCACCACAGGUUCCAAAGAGUGAGUGUCUGUCAGCUGCUCCCUGUGAUCAAUCAAUGCCUCCUAGCAUUACAGAAGCUGUUCCACAAACUCAGCUUGAUGACAAAAAAGUGGUCUUUGAGGUGGUGGAGCCUGCAGAUAGAAAACCAAUGGAGGAUGUAUCAGCACUCCAAAAGAAUUCAUCAUUCCAGGAUAAUGAUGUGAAAAUUUCAGGAGCAUGUGAAAGAGAACUACAGCCUGCAGAUCAUGAGAAUUCACCUUUGCAAGAAGAAAUAGAUGGUGUCAUUUUAGAAAGUGCUAAAAAGAAAACCCAGCCUGUAAAUCAGGAUAGUCUAUCAUCUGAAGAAGACAAAACUUGUGAAAUUGAAAUAGAACCUGAAAAUAAUAAGAGAUUGUCACUACAAGAAGAGGCUUGUGUUUCAGAAACUUCUGAAAACAUAAUCCAAUGUACAACUCAAGAAAAAUCACUCAUACAAAUGGACAGAAAUGCUUGUAUUUCAGAAACAAGUGAAAAUGAAACUGAAAUAAAAAAUCAAGAUGACUUACCACUCCAAGAAGAAAAGGUUGCUUAUAUUUCAGAAAGUAAUGAAUGUUCAAUCCAGGCAACAGAGCAAGAGGAAUCACCAAAACAAGACAAUAAUGUAUAUAUUUCACAAAUAAAUGACUGUGUAUUGGAAUCAGAAUCAGAUAGAAAUGUUCAUGAAAUGUUGGCUGAUAAGGUACCUGAAGUUGAUUUAAACCAUGAUGAAAAUACUGAGGCUGAAAAUCUUCCUGAAUCAUUGUGUAAUCAAGAGAAAAUGAACAAGGACAUUUGUGUUGAGCUUGAAGAGAAGACAGAAGAAAGCUGUGAGAGAACUGAAGAUAAUUGCUUGAGUCUCAGUGGGAGACAUACUUCCUCUGUUGAGGUGCAGGAAAGAGAGACUACAAAACCUAAACCUAAAAGAUCCAGCAGAGCAGCAGUAACUCCAGCCAAGCAUCUCACUAGGAGGUCUGUAGCUUGUUGUUUUGAUGGCACUGUCACUCCUACUUUGUCCCGAUUGCGCCCCCGAACCCCCUGCAGCAGAAGCACGCGGCGCUCACUGUCUGCCCAUUGUGAUAGCCCAUGGGGGAUGUACACUCCCAGCAAACGCUGCUCUGUGAAGAAAACACCACGCCGUUCAGUGAGCAAGGCAGCCACACUCACAGGCCUUGAGGAGAGUCAUGAUGCUAGUUUGAUGGCACUUGAAUUAACUGCUACAAGAAGCUUCCAUCAAGACACUGAGGCAGAGGUGAAUGUGCUGGAAAGAUCAGUACUGCCUGAUGUUCACAAGAUGACCACAGUUGAUGAGUUGAAAAAGUCGAGUUCACCGCUGAUGACGCCUGAAAAUGUAUUCCGUCGGGAGCAUGGGAUGUGGACCAUUGAGACAAGCCCUUGGAUUAAUACACAAAGCUCAAAGAAGAGGAACAAGAAAAAGGCAGUUUCUGAUUUGCAGGGAAUGUUUGAUGACAUACCCACUGAUGGGUCACCUAUCCCAUCUCAUCUGAUUCCCAAUCCUCCAGCAUCCUGUGCAACAGAGGCUAAUACAGGUGAGGAGGAUGCUGUAUGCACAAAUCUCCUCUUCCUCCUGCAGCCUUCCAUAGCAGGCAAUGUUGAAUCUCCUGAGGUGGAUGUAUGGGGAGAAAGCCCUGCCCCCAAUGCACUGGGAACCCCAAAGACCUCAAAACCAAAGCAAUCAUCCCAGGAUGAAAAAGUGAUUCCCGAGGAAAUUUCACAUACUGUAGAAGACUCAGAGAGAUGUGACAAACAAGCUUCAGUCUCUGCUAUUCCUGAGUCUCCUGCAGCUUCUGGAGAUGAAAAAGUUGGGCAAAAAAGAAAGACAAGGAAGUCUCGCAAAUCAGUAAUGUUUGCCAUUGAAGAACAGGAGAACGUGAAAACCUGCAAAUUACCUGGCACGCCAGUUCAUAAAUCUACCAGAGUGUCAAUGGGACUCUUUGCCAAGGUUGAUUUGAAUGUGGAACACCCUAUCAAUGAGGAUCAAGAUCUGAUGGUAUUUGAAACUCCAAAAAGUGAAAAGAAAACAUCAUGUACAAGGAGGAGAUCAGCCCGGAUAAGCCUUCUCCCAGGCAUGACCCCAAGCCCAAUGAAGGAGGCAGCAGCAGCUCCUGUGCACACAGACCUCAUCACCUGGGACUCGCCGGAACUUAGGAAAACUUCAAGAUCUACAGCCUCCAACCUGGCCACACCAGUUCGCAGGUCACGCAGGCUCAGUAAGGCUGUCUGAGCAGGAAACAGAGAAUGUUGCUACCGGCCAGUCCUGAGUAAACCACGUAAUCUAUUUAAGUUUUGUCUGAGUUUGAGUGAAUGUUUCCACUUUUUUUUUUUUUUUUUUUUUUUUACCAUGUUGAAGAAGCUGCCACUGAAAUAAUACAAUUGUGGAUGUGAUUACAGCAUAGCCCUUAAACUUAAAGAUUAUAGAGGUUUAGUGGUCUUAUUAAAUAUUUUUUGUGCAUAAACAAGACAUCUGAUUACGGAUGAAUAUCUUAUGAUGCAGCCGGUCCUCCUGCAGAGUUGCACCACCAUUGUCUUGACAGAGGUGUGUAUGUUUCACUGUUUGAUCUGCAGUCUCUGACAAGACAGCCAAACGUUACCCUAUGGAAGGAUCUCAGAGCUCAUUAUUUCCGAUCUUCAGAUAGGCCUGAGACCAGACACACACCACACACCGGGACAACAAUGUUACAACU